AUGACGUCCUUCUGGAAAAACCUCACCAAACAAGUUACUUGCUCAAUUUGUCUCGAGACCUACAAAGAACCGAAAAUUAUAUCGUGUUUUCAUACGUUUUGCUGUCAGUGUUUGGAAAAACACGCGAGAGUGAGCCAAAGACAUGGAAGAUUUCGAUGCCCCGAGAGUCAGGCAGAAAUCCACCUGCCACAAGGAAAUCGCUUCGGAGCGUUACAAACCAGUUUUUUUCACAACAGUUUGUUGAAUAUCCUUGCCGUUCGACAAAGGGGCGAUGGAACAAACGUCACUUGUGGCAACUGUAAGAGGACCAGCUCCAAUGUCCAUUACUGCUUUGAUUGUGCUCGAUUUAUGUGCUAUGAGUGUCUGAACGCACACGAAAUCAUGCGCGACGCAUUCGAAGGACACAGAGUCAUGCCUGUUAGAGACUUCCAAGAUCAAGAUUACGAAGCUUUGUUAAAGCGACAGCCCUUUUGCACCAAGAAGUACCACGAGCGAGAGAUCACGAGAUUUUACUGUCUCCAGUGUCAGUGUUGUGUUUGCCAUCUUUGCAUCGUGACGGAUCAUAGAAGCCAUGAGGCUAUUUUGCUCGACGAAGCGGCGGACAACGAGAAAGGAAACAUCAUGGUGGAUGCUGCAAAGAGCCGGACAAGGGAAAACGAUCUAAAGAAAACGAUUCGACAGUUUAACCACACAGCUUCCGAGCUGCGAGACAAUGCUCAACUGGCUAAACGUGGAGUUUCGCAAGCAGCCGAGCAGAAGAUUGCAGAGAUUCGAGAGUGCGAGCGACAAGCCAUUGAAUCAAUCGAGACAACGUGCGUCACGAGACUCCAAAGAAUCAACACGGCUCGGGAGGCUGUAGAAUCUCUGAUGAAACAAAACAAUAAAGUCGCCGAGUUUGCCGAAAACUUGGUACAGAAAAGCUCGAGCUGGGACGUCAUGCAAAACAAGCCAAAUUUGAAACAGAGAUUUGAGGAGCUUCGAGGAAUCCAAGCUGCACAACACCAUCAGACCUCCUUCAUCAAGUUUUACCCCACUCCUGUUAUGGGCUUCAACUUGGGCGACAUCGUCACCGAAGACAUAGCAGACGCAAGUUGGUCCACUCUAGAGGGACUGGAUCAAACUUUUCAGGCUGGUUUAGAAGCAAAGUUCAUUUUAUCCCCCAAAACACCUGAUGGAGAAAUCAGUAACCAGCCUGAUCUCAAACAGCAAAUUGAAGUUCUCAUACAACCAGCCGAAGAUGUCACGCAAGUCACUGUUUGCAUCACAGAAAACGGUAGAUUCGAGGUGAAAUUUAUACCCAAAGUACCUGGUGCUUACAGCAUUGAAGUGAAGAUUAAUGGAGAUACACUCGUCAACUCUCCGUUCACUGCGGUGGUGAAGGAGCGUGAACUUACUGUAGUCGGUGAGUUGGAUCUGAAUUUAUUAGAAGGAGAACAGGUCGACAAUCUAUUUGGAAUCGCGGUAAAUACGAAAGAAAACAUCGCCGUUAUUGACAAUGGCAAACACUGUGCUUACAUAUUCGAUAAAAAUGGUCAAUGUUUGAGAAAAAUUGGAGUUAAUGGAUACCCAUCUGGCGUGACAUAUUUGAACGAUGACGAGAUUUUGAUUGUAGACACUAAGAACGGUAGAAUACUACAAAUUAAUAUCCUGUCAGGAACUGUUGUAAAAACUUUAGGAAAGGUAGGCGUAGGAAUGGGAGAGUUUUAUCUCCCAACGGAUGUUUGUUUGGAUGAAGAACGUCGCAUUGUUGUAACCGAGUUUUCGAGUAAUAGGGUACAAGUGUUGUCACGUGAGGGAGAGACUAUUUCCAUCUUUGGAAACAUCGGCCAAGAAAAAUUAUUACUACCGUUGAGCUGCUCGCCUUACAAAAACAAGUUUUUUAUCUCUGAUAGCGAAGAUCAUUGCAUCAAGGCUUUCGACAAGUCAGGAACAUUCUUACACAAGUUUGGCAAACAAGGCAAUAAAGAUGGACAAUUUAACCACCCGUGUGGUUUGCUUAUAGACAGCUCUAAUUAUCUUCUGGUGUGUGAUCAGCAGAAUAACCGAGUUCAGCAGUUUUCUCUGGACGGUCGCUUCACUGGUAAAAGUGUCACUCAUUUACCUAAUCCUCGUAAAAUAGCAGCAACAAUAGAUGGACGUAUUCUCGUGACUACCCGUGAAAAAAUUUUCAUCUUAAAGUAG